CUCUCCUGCAGUCAUUCCCUGUACUCUAAUAAGGCUCUGCCACCUCUGCUAGAGCUCGGUCUGAGGGAUGCUGUUCUUCUGUCCCCGUCACCACUGAAGCACCCAGGAGGGACCGACCUGAGCGCAGACACCGCGGACUAUGAGUCCUCUAAGGCUGCGAGCGUCGCUUUCUUUGCUGCUGCUGCUGCUGCUGGGUCGCUGCCUCCUCGCGGCCGCCGGGAGGAACAAGGGGGCGGGUGGCAGCGGGGCUGAGUCGGCCCGGAUUCCUGCGGGAGGCUCCUCGGGCCGCUUCCUCAGCCCGGAGCGCCACACGUGCAGCUGGCAGCUCUUGCUGCCCGCCCCCGGGCCGGCUGCGGGCAGCGAGCUGGCGCUGCGCUGCCAGGGCCCGAACGGGGCGCGCCACCAGUGCGCCUACCGCGGGGAGCCAGAGCGCUGCGCCGCCUACGCCGCCCGCGGCUCGCACUACUGGAAGCAGGUGCUGGGCGGACUGCGCAAGAAGCGGCGGCCCUGCCAAGACCCAGCGCCGCUCAAAGCCCGCCUGUGCGCUGGCAAGAAGGGCCACGGCGCGGAGCUGCGCCUGGUGCCCCACGCGUCCCCACCCGCCGGUCCCACUGAGGCGGGAUCUCCUCGGGGUCCCAAGCCCGGGGCCAGGAGCCGGGGGAGGCCCCGGGAGCCCGCGCUGGACUUCGCUGCAAGGCUCCCGCCUCCCCCAAGCGCGCUGCCUAAAGGGAUGUCCUCUAAGAAGAAGACUAAAGAGGGCAAGAGGAAGGUGGCCUCGGCUCCAGUCGAGGAGCUACCCCUGGGGGAGAGGCCAGAUCCCGACGGGCUGGACGAGAACGCGAAGCUCACCGAGACCUACUGUGCUGAGAAGUGGCAUUCCCUUUGCAACUUCUUUGUCAAUUUCUGGAAUGGUUGAGGCUGCGGGCCUAGGGAAGGACAAGGUGGGGCCGGGGCUGCGCAGCUCUGGAAGGGAAGCCUAGAGCAUCUUAGGCCAAGAGAUAUAGGAUAGAGAGUGGGGAGGAGUCCAGGUUUUAGAAUGGGGGUGGAGGGUGGGCUUGGGAUGAAAGUGUAAGUGGUAUGGAGAAUCUCUGCGACUGAAGAAGAGUUAAAAAUUUUAGAGUCUCUACCCUGAUUAAGAGCAGAAGAAAUAGUGGAAACAAGUAUGCAUACCUUAAAUGUGUGAAAACCGUAGACUGGGGAGAGAGAUGUACGGUACAAAGAGAGGCUAAAAAAAUAAGGGGGAAAAAGUGACUGGAGUGAUGUGAAUCUUGUAUGGGAAGCAGGAUACAAUGUAUACUGCUUAGUACAUUUACAUUAAAAUGUAAUUACGAGCAAUUGAUAGCCUGAGCCAAGUUGAACUGUUCAGUGUCUUCUCAAUCAGCUGACGAGAUUACCAACUUUUUUCUCUUUUCUUUUUGAAUUAGCAUGAACAUGGGUGUUGGUUGGUAUAAUAGAUGACCUCUACAGGGAUAGAAGCCAUUCAUUGGUCAAAUUGACUCCAAUGCAAAGAUUUUUCAGGAUGGUUGGUUGCCCUUGAAUUCUUUUAGGAGUGCUACUUUUAAACAGAGUGAUGCCUAAUGUUCUGAAACUUUCCCAUUAACCUUCUAAAUUCAGAAGUGAAUUUUAAAAGUUGAGUGCUCCAGUAGGUUUUUAAAAACCAAUUUUUUUUAUAGUUGAUCAUAUUUUUAAAAACAGCUAAAAUGUAAGGAUGUAUCUCAGAGUCAUUUGGACCAUUAUGAAAGUUGUAUUUCUA